UCUGUUUGGACAAUUUCCAAAAUGUUGCUGCCCUGACAAUAUAAAUAGUGGUGAGGAGGCAGGCAGUCAGAGCACCAUCCCUCCUGACAGAGAGCUGCAGCGUGCCACAGGACAUCACAUUCACAAUGGUGUUUACAUCCUGUUUACUUCCAGCUGUUUUGGUGCUGCUGCUGUCACUGGUUCACAGCGAUGCCUCACCAGCCAAGACCUUCGAGCUCCAGGACCCAGUCACCGGGAAGCCGGUCAAGUGUGACCGCUGCCCUCCGGGGACGUACCUGCGCGAUCGCUGCUCGUCGACGCACAAGAGCCAGUGCGCACCGUGUCCUCCCGGUUCCUUCACCGAGCUCUGGAAUCACAUCGGCAAAUGCCUGAGAUGUGGAGUCUGUGGGUACAAUAUGAUCGAGAAGACGGCGUGCACGGCCGCCAGCGACUGCCAGUGCGAGUGCAAACCUGGCUACUACUUCAAAGAGGACUACGACAUGUGCGUCCGCCACAGCGAGUGUCCGGCCGGACAGGGAGUGGAGAGCCAAGGUACAGCUAAUAAGGACACAGUGUGCCACAUCUGCUCCAACAACACCUACUCCGACGUUUCCUCGGCUCACAACAACUGCACCGAUCACCAGACGUGCAGCGAUGCAGAGCUGCUGAAGGGCUCCACGUGGCACAAUAGCGUCUGUGCAAACUGCAGAGCGCUCAAGGACGGAGGUGAGUACCUCAAAGAAAUCCUCCCGGCUUUCUUCGUCCACCUUAAAAUGAACAUCAAACGUCUGCGUCGGAUCGUGCACAGGCUCCCACUGGAGGACGGCAAAAAGCAGGCGGGAACAUCAGAAUUUAGCCUCUCACAGCUUCACGAUCGCAUCAACACUUGGGCCGCCUCCGCCACACCAAAGCAGAUUCGGGAGCUUCCGGGGAUACUGGAUAAAACAGGAGCGAGCAGCGCUGGUGAGAGACUACAGAACAAGCUGCAACGCAUUGACACGAAUCUCAAAGAGCAGUGCGCUCUGGGAAACGAGGUGCUUGCAGUUUUAUAGUUGUCCUAUCCUAGGCUAGCAAAUAUCUUACUAUAUGCACAAGAGAUAUUCAUUCCUCUAAUAGUCACAUCUGAAGAAUUCAAAAUAUAUAUACUGCACUAUUCAGCAUGCACUGUCCAUUGCAUAGUUAAAAAAGAAUACCAGUAAUUGAGAGGCAAAGUGAAUUAUCUUUCAUCUUCAUCUGUUUAACAUUUUCUCUUUUGUCUGACAAUUCCUGUUUUUUUUUUUUU